AUGACUCUACUGCCAUCGCCCCUCGCUCAGUCCAGCCUGGGUGAGAAGUGUGCAGUUUACUUGGACCACGUCACCAACCAUCUCUCCACCCUCCACCCUCGACUCGAGCUUUUCCGCAACUGGUCUGCUCGUGUCCUGCCGUUCCCCGUCGACGACCAGGCCGCCACUCUUUGUACAGUUGUCCUUGGCUGUGUGCUCGUUGCCGUUGCGAUGAGUUGGCGCAACCCCAUUUCGUGGCGCGGCUCGUCAAAUACGUCCGCUCCCCGCGUGAGCGACCACGACUUCAGUUACAUUACACCAGACGAUAUUGUCGACCCACCAACCAGAUACGAUGCCCAGGAUGACAAUGAACCGGAUGUCAUCCGCCUCAAACACCGCGGCACUAUUUACCCGUUACGUUUCCGUGCAUAUGCGAUCGACGAUGGAGCCCUGACGGUGGGCAUGCUGCGAGAGGAGGCCGCAGUCAAAACCGGCACAAACGACCCGGAUCGGAUCCGAUUACUGUACAAGGGGAAGUUGCUGAAGGAUGAUAAACACACAUGCAAGGCGGAGGGACUAAAACAACACUCCUUGGUGCUGUGUGUGGUUUCCGAGGUGGGCGCAAAGACGCCGAGUGAUCUCUCCGAUUUCGAUACUAGCGACUCGCUCCAUGUGGACGGCCGCCCUGGAUCGUCAUCAUCACGCACUGAAGAACCCAGGGAGACAAGGAGAAACAGACCGGUGGGGCCGCCUUCUCUCGCCCCGCCACGGCCGUCGCCCGGUCCCUCCGGCACGCCAUCGCCGGCUCCCAGCCUGAAGGGAUUCCGGACUGCGCUGGAGCAGGUUAACGCGUUGUCCACGUACUUCCAGCAGGUGUUGGUACCUCUCUGUAACGAAUACAUGGCGGACCCGCCCAGCGAUCAGAAGAAGCGAGACUUUGAAUACAAGAAACUAAGCGAGACCAUCAUGGCGCAGGUCCUGCUCAAGGCGGAUGAAAUUGAGUUGGAUGGUGAUGCGGCUCGCAAUGCGCGGCGGGCGCUGAUCAAGGAGACACAGGCGAUGUUGAACCGCUUGGACCAGGGCGCAAAGCAUUAG